UUUUUUAGAAGGGCUGAUGUCACUUCAAAACUUAACUCACUCUUCUAAAGUGAACGGGGCGACGGGUUCGCCUCCUUACACUCUCCGUUAGGUUUCUGCUCGUGUGCUGUGGAUCAUUAUUAUAGAAAUAACCAACAAAAGGAGGCGGAUGUUACUGUAAAAACAACAGCAACUCUUACAGAAGUAGCGGAGCAGACGGAUAUAUUUCACCACAGAAAAUCCGAGACUGGAGCAGAGCGGAGGAGAGCCUCUUCUCUCUGUCUGGGGGUGAAGGCGGCUGAUUUUUUUUCUCUUUUUUUGUCUUUUUCUACAAAACAAAAUCCGCUGCAAACUCAAUAAGACAAAAAAAUGAACCGCAGCUUUAAUAAAUCACAGCCUUUGCGGAAUGCAGACUGCAACGCUGUGGAAGUGAAAAGCAAGUAUGGGGCAGAAUUCCGGCGGUUCUCAGUAAAUCGCACCAAGCCUGGCAAGUUUGAGGAGUUCUACAAACUUAUUCUGCACAUUCACCGCAUCGCCAACAUGGAGGUGAUAAUUGGCUAUGCUGACGUCCACGGAGACCUGCUACCCAUCAACAAUGACGAUAAUUUCUGCAAGGCAGUGACGACGGCUCACCCGCUACUUAGGAUCUUCAUACAGAGACAAGAGGAGGUCGACUACACCAACUUUGGCACCAACACCAUCACACGCAAAAAGAAGGCGGUGGUGGCGCUGCGUAACAAUGACAUUAACCGCAAGAGACCACACAUCCGCAUCGGAAUGCCGCAGGACUUCCGUCCCGUCUCCUCCAUCAUCGAUGUGGACAUCCUGCCAGAGUCUCAUCGCCGCGUUCGACUGUAUCGCCACGGCUCCGACAAACCUUUGGGUUUCUACAUCCGAGAUGGAACCAGUGUAAGGGUGACGCCACACGGGCUGGAGAAAGUCCCAGGGAUCUUUAUAUCCCGGCUGGUUCCUGGAGGUUUGGCGGAAAGCACGGGGCUCCUGGCGGUCAAUGACGAGGUCCUGGAGGUGAAUGGUAUUGAAGUGACUGGAAAGUCCUUGGAUCAGGUGACGGACAUGAUGAUCGCCAACAGUCACAACCUGAUUGUGACUGUGAAGCCAGUGAACCAGCGCAACAACGUGGUCCGCAGCAGCAGGAUAUCAGGAAGCUCCGGCCAGUCCUCAGACAGCGGCGGAUCUACCGGAUACCCGACUUUGUCUGUGGCCUCAGUGGGAAUGUCGUCCUCAGGGGCUCACGGUUACCAAGACGACUUAGAGAGUGACGAAGAUGCCGACAUCGUCAUCGAGAGUAGCAUCAAGAGGCCAUCUCAGAGGUCUAACGCUUCCCUGGCAUCCAACACGUCUCGUACCCAACCUCAAACACCAACCACGCGCUCAGGCUUCACUGCACCUCCCAGUCCUCCUUCACGUCCUUCAUCUGUGGUCUCCACCGCCUCCUUCCGCUCCCAGCUGAGCCUCAAUGGAGGUUCCAACCACCACCACCAACACCAACAACAACACCAACAGCAUCAGGCAACACCACACCAACAGCAACAGCAUCAGCAACACCAACAGCAACACCAACAGCAACACCAACAGCACAAUAGCCUCAGCUACCAGCUCCACCGAGAUCUCAACCUACACCACAACGCAAACCAGCACAGCCUCCACCACGGACAGCCUCCACAUCACAGCAGCAACCCCGCCCUGCGCCACAGCAACGGCAGCCUCCACAAAAUCCUCAGCUCACUGAAAACGGACCCACGACACAGUCUGGCGCUGCCCAGAGGUGGCGUGGAAGAGGACGGCACCGUCAUCACACUAUAAUACCUACAACCACACACAUUCACACACAGACACAAAAAAACACCCAGUGGUUCAGAGACUGAACUGAACUUUAACUUUAACACCAGGCUGGAAGAGUCUGAGGAUUUCACCAGAGCCUAAUUUUUUUAAUGAUAUAAAAGGAAGUUGGAAAUAAGGAUCAUGUUUAUAUUUGUCUUUUUUUUUUUAAACUGUUCCGAUCUUUAUAAAAUGUGUAAUUAUGUUUGUUUGUUCUGAGCAUCAGGACAAAUUACUGUCAUUUUAGGAAAAAUUCCACUGUAUCUUAGACUCAUGACUGCAGCGUCUGCAGCACAUCAUCUCCUCUUAGUGACCACCGUUAUAAAGAUUGUUGUUUUUAUUACUGGGACCAACUGUGGGGUUGAUCAUGGAUGUUUUUAAAGAGUAAAUCUAUAUUUCUUAUAUUCUGAUAAAUGCUGUGUAGAUCAUGAUUUUUGGUGUUUUUUUUAAAUAGCUCUUUUUAUGCAAUGAUGAUGACGUUUGAUCAAAUCGUUGUAUCUGUACCAAUAAAUUAUUCUGUUUCACAUUUUUGCAAAGUAUCACUGUGGUUUGGUGGAGUCUUAAAAUCAUGUGAUCUUUUAUUCAUAAAGUUGAGUCUGACAGAGUAGCUCAGUUCUCAAAUCCCCCUGUUAAAAAACACAAGUAAUUAAGGAGCAUUUUGAGGCUCCUCUAAAAUAAUUCAGUUUUUAAGUAUUUCCUUAAUAAUUAACAAUGUUUCAGAACAGAUAAACCUUACUCAGAGAUUUCUUAAUGUAUCUAUGCACACACAAAGAAUUAUGCUAUCAAAUCUAACUUUCUUGGGUUAUAAUUUAAUCCUAAUUCUACUAAUUGAUGGCCAUUUUCACUGAUUAACAGACUUCAGUGAUGUACAUUUGUACUGGACAAUUAAUGUGGGCUCUUCAGCUGGUCUCAUCAUUUUAACUUUCUAAUUUUAGGGUAGAAUUGCAACUUCCUAAAUUAUUAAAUUUUAGUAAUGUGAUGUUAUCUCUCUGUGAAUAAACAAUCUGAGGAAUGACUUUAUAUUGGCUUCCAGGCUGCUGUAACUCAAAGAAUAAUUAAAUCAAAAAAAUGUUUAAUUAACUUUCAUAACUCACUGUUGUU